AUGUCCCCCAAAAAUGCUGCCAACGCGGGGUUUGGCCCCAUGACCAUUCCACCACUUCCCAUUUCCACGACUAACAAACCCCCAGCAAUGAGUCUCCAACAGCCAAAACCACAGAAGUUGGGAAUGGACCAGCUGUGGGUGCAGCAUCAGAGACGAAACGCAAAAUCCACCAAGUCCUGGGCUUGCACCCUGUGUCCCGAGCGUCGUGUCUUUAUAAGUUCCGACCUGUUAUGGAAACACGCGCUACAGGACCACCGCGAACGUCUGCCCACCGACGAGCCGGAACUGCGGAGAUAUCGCACGAAUUUUGGAAAUGAAUCUCUAGAGAAAAGGUCAGUAGGAAUGGCUCGGGGGCUGACAGCCUCGUCCCUCGUCCUUCUCCGCUUCUGGGGGCGAGAAAAUCAGGCUCGGAGCCCCUGCGAAGCCGGACCAAAGGAAAGCUGGCUGAUUCCCUAUCUCGAGUAGCACACUGAAACCCUCGCUGGAGCCUCGUAGCUCAGCGAUUGAAGAGCCGCCCCCGCCCCCACAAUCCAAAAGACCCUUGAGCUCGCCAGCCGCGGGGGGAGGUGGCAGCCUUGCCGACUUGGGGGAGUUGAACAUUCAGAGCCCCGGCGCAAGUGAAGAUGUGACGAUGAGGGAUGUCUCGGACGAGAAUAGCCAGCAGCCUAGAAAAAGACAUGCCGCCGGCGAGGGAAUAAGUGCGGCGGGCUCAAUACGUGACUCAUCUCCCUCGCCAUCGCCGGUGGAUAUAAAAAGUCAACGACCGUCCUCGGCGCCUGGCAUAGAACACGACUCUCGAAAACCAAACGUGUUCGAUCCGCAGCGACCCCCCGUGGAGAAAAAGACUCUUUGGACUCCACAAGAUGCACCUCUGGCGAGAUCCAAUUUUGACCCUUCAAAUAUAGCGUCAGUUCAAGCUCAGCGAUCAAGAGCUCAAGCCCUCCCCAACAAAGCCCGAAGAUCGUUUCCCGCAUCACAAGCCUCAAAUCUCAAAGGGCCUAAUAUCACCCAGAAUACACCAGCACCUGCAAUAUUCGGAAGGUCGACGCAAGGUGGCUUACAAGGCCCUACGCGAGAAGAGUACUUGGAUAUAAUGCUACAACCAGAGACCAGACCCAUAUCGCAAGAGCAGUUGGUUGCAGAAGUAAAGGGAAUAUAUGCCGGUCUUGUCAUGGUUGAGGCCAAGUGUAUUGAGGUCGAUAACAAACAAGCCACGCUCGCUCAGGCAGAUACGGGCAACCCUCCCAAGUUGAACAACGAACAGUGGCAGGCCCUGAUCGCAUUACAUAGGACCUUGCUUCACGAACACCAUGAUUUUUUCUUAGCAAGCCAGCAUCCUAGUGCUAGCCCAGCUUUAAGGCGUUUGGCUUCUAAAUACGCUAUGCCAGCACGAAUGUGGCGACAUGGGAUCCAUUCUUUCUUAGAGUUGCUAAGACAUCGUCUUCCAGCGUCCUUAGACCAUAUGCUCGCAUUCAUCUAUCUAGCCUAUAGUAUGAUGGCUCUUCUUUACGAAACAGUGUCGGCUUUCAAAGACACAUGGGUCGAGUGUCUUGGGGAUCUAGGUAGAUAUCGAAUGGCGAUUGAGGAUGACGAUAUCAGAGACCGAGAAGUAUGGACUGGAGUGGCUAGACACUGGUAUAGCAUCGCCUCUGAUAAUUCGCCUACAACAGGGAGGUUGUACCAUCAUUUGGCUAUUCUCGCACGACCGAAUGCUUUGCAACAGCUGUUCUUCUACAGCAAGUCAUUAUGCGUUGCCAUCCCCUUCACAUCAGCACGCGAGUCGAUUUUGACCCUCUUUGAACCCGUACUUAAUUCAGACAACGGACAAGGUCAAUAUCGGUUACCUCCUCUAGACACAGCAUUCGUAAAAGCUCACGGACUGCUCUUCACGAAUAAGGACCUACAUAAAUUUGACCCCGCAGUGGAUGAGUAUCUAGGUUUACUUGAUACACAAAUUGGUAGGGUUACAAGAAAGUUCAUGGAACAGGGUUACCACAUCGCUGUGGCGAAUUGCGUUGCAAUGGUCGGAUUUGCUGCUAAGGAAAAUGUCUUGAUGAAAAUCAUUUCACCGGGUGACGAGGAUGUCGCCAUGACAAAUACCUCAGAGGUCAUGGCACAAUCCAUGGCAGCGUUCCAAAGUGCGCAACGCCUCAGCAACGCCACUGCUGAGAUUAUUUUGGAGAGAGUGGGUGAUCCUAAUGUCCUGCCAUUCAUCCAUGUAACACUGAUCUUCAUGUUAUUUGUGGCUCGUCACCCUGCGGCAAUGGAUCUUUUGGCGCCAAAGUUUCCUUGGAAGUCUUUAGCCAUCAUGCUGAACACUAUUCUGGGUGCUUACCAAACCCCUGGUCGCAUUGAAGAUGCCUCUUUCCCAGUACUUGAACAAGAUGACCCACGUCCAUUCCCUGAAGACUUCGCAGUCCGGGGACUUCUUUGGACGGAAGGAUACUUUACUGAUGAUUUUUUCACCAAGAAGAAGAUUGAUGAAGAAGAGAAGUAUCAUGAACGUGCAUCGAUGACUUCCCAACGAAAAGAGCGUAUUCUUUGGCUUGCUUGUCGUAUUGCAGAUCUGGUUCCCCAUCUAACUUACAAUGGAAAGCGGUUUUCUAUACCAUCAAGCAGCGGGGAGGAGAUAGAACUUCCUACAAGAACUUCAACAUUUGCCUCUGUAGCUACAAGUGGAUCAUUUGAUCGAGUAGGCACUUGGGAGUCUCAAGAUGGUAUUAGGUCAGAAGGCGAAGAUGAAGAGGAAGAUGUGUCAUCGCCAGCGACUGUACAUGCGGCAGAACUUAUUGCCAACGAGUGACGGUGGAUACAUGAUAGGUUUUUUAAGUAAUAAGAACCCAAAUUGUCUAAAUGACUAUUCUACCCGGACGACGAAAGAUGACGAGAGAAAAUAUACAGGUGCGCCCUCUCACUAUUUGUUUUUGCUUGCAUGUCCUCCCGCUAAUGUUAGAAAUCUUGCAGCCGUAAGAUAUACGAAUACUGCAAAGAAAUUGGUAGCAUACUCCAAAAACGUUAGGAUGGCUCAGGUCUUUUCCAUCAAACACAAUUUUUACGUUCAGGUUUCGGGCGUUGGUAGCUACUGUCCCCUUCCGAUAUCAAGCCUUUGAGCCGAAAGGCCAUUGUUCAACGCACACUCAUUUACCCAAGAGAUUCGUCAUUCCUUGGAAUCUCUAAGUCACUCCUUUCAGCACUGUCUGACUGUGUCUGCUCAUUCCAUUCCAUUCUUGACGUUGUCCCACCCAUCCGGGAGGGGCUAAGGGAUUAAUUUUCCAAAACUGCAUUUUACGUUAUGGUGGAUGCCCUACGAGAGGCGAAUAAACGAGCUUUUCUCUUCUAUCCUUUUUCUCCUUCGAAAACGUUGUUUAUGAUGCACUCUUUUGCGAUUCCUCCAGGGUGGGGAUGGGAGUUUGUUGUGCUUGGGAGGAUUUUCUCGCAUGGUGUUGUGGCGUUGUGGCGUUUUGUGUAUUGAAAGGGGCGAAUGAUUUUCCUAAUCCUAAUGGAUGGAAGGGAUAAAUGUGUUGACCUUGUUUGUUUGUUUGUUGUUGGGGAGGUGGCUUUUCUGUGUAUGUAUUAUGUCCGUCUGGUUUUUAUUUCACCAGAUUUUUUUUUUUAG